GCCCCAUUUCGAGUUUUGCAGCCAGGAUCCACUUGUUUCAGGUUAGAAGGAGGUCAGAUAAGAAACACUACUUUUGCCGUAACGCUUCUUAGUGAAUAUCCCUUCCAGCCAUGAAUCCCGAUAUUAAGAGGGAGCGAGAAAACGCCACCUUUAACGUGGAGACACUGACAAACAUUUUGGACGGAAGCCCGCAAAAAACCAAGAGAAGACGUGAGAUUGAGUCGCUGGUUCUCAAUGACCCAGACUUUUGGGAGGACGACCCAAACUUCCUGUCCCGCAGUGAGCGCUACGAUCAGGCUGUAAGAAAAAGUGCCCAAAUGAUCCUGAAGCUCAGAGAAUAUGGCAUCUCUGACCCAGAUGAGAUCUACUGCUAUAAGAAUUUGAUUAACAGCCAUCACCACGAGCCCCUGGGUUUACACUUUGCCAUGUUCACCCCAACCCUGUCCUAUCAGUGUGAUCCUCAGCAGUCCAAGAAAUGGUUACCUCUGGCAAACUCCUUCCAUAUUUUGGGCACAUAUGCCCAAACUGAGCUGGGUCACGGCACACAUCUCAGAGGGCUGGAGACCACUGCCACAUAUGACCCAUCUACACAGGAGUUUGUCUUGAACAGCCCUACAAUCAGCUCUAUCAAAUGGUGGCCUGGAGGACUUGGAAAGACCUCAAACCACGCCAUAGUUCUAGCCCAGCUGUACACUCAGGGAAAGUGCCACGGUCUUCAUGCUUUUAUCGUGCCCAUCCGCGACAUAAAAACACACGAACCCUUGCCAGGCAUUGUUGUUGGUGACAUCGGCCCCAAGUUUGGCUUUAAUGAAAUUGACAAUGGUUUCCUGAAACUAGAGAAUGUGCGAAUCCCUCGAGAGAACAUGCUGAUGAAAUAUGCCAAGGUGGAGCCUGAUGGAGCCUAUGUGAAACCUCCAAGCUCCAAACUGACUUAUGGCACCAUGGUGUUCAUCCGCUCCUUGAUUGUAGGCACUUCAGCUAAGGCCGUCGCCAAGUCAAGCACCAUUGCCAUUCGCUACAGUACUGUCCGCCGUCAGUCUGAAAUCAGGCCUGGCCAGCCAGAACCCCAGAUCCUUGACUACCAGACGCAGCAGUACAAGCUUUUUCCUGUGCUGGCUAUGGCUUAUGCUUUCACUUUUGUUGGCCAGUACAUGACACAGACCUACCAGCGCAUUACUGGAGACAUUAAUGAGGGGGACUUCAGUGAGCUGCCAGAGCUUCAUGCCCUGUCUGCAGGCCUGAAGGCCUUCACCACAUGGGCAGCCAACUCCGCUAUUGAAGUGUGUCGCAUGUCGUGUGGCGGUCAUGGGUACUCUCGCAGCAGUGCCUUACCUGAUAUUUAUACUGAGUUCACCCCCAGUUGCACCUAUGAGGGAGAGAACACUGUCAUGAUGCUGCAGACUGCGAGGUACCUGGUAAAAAGCUAUCGUUUGGCCAAGAAUGGCCAGCAGCUGAGUGGGAUUGUUUCAUACCUGAAUGACGCAGGGCGUGGGAGGGUCCAGCCCCAGACUGUCUCAUCCAGACCCAUUGUGGUUGAUGUUAAUGACCUGAGUAGUCUGGUGGAAGUUUACAAACUACGGGCUGCCAUCCUUGUAGAGCUGGCAGCUAAAAACAUCCAGCAAGACAUGCAGCGCAGGAAGAGUGAGGAGGAUGCCUGGAACAAUAAUGCAAUCGAUCUAGUCAAAGCCUCAGAUGCUCACUGUCAUUAUGUUGUUGUAAAGCUUUUUACUGACAAGCUUGGGGAGAUUGGAGACACAGGAGUACACUCAGUGCUGUCAACUCUAGCUCUGCUCUACACUCUGCAUGGCAUCGCCCUGAACUCUGGAGACUUCCUACAGGCUGGACUGCUUAGUGUGCCCCAGAUGCUGCAGAUUUCUGUUCGUAUCAAGGACCUUCUCUCUCAGCUGAGACCAAAUGCUGUGGCACUUGUAGAUGCCUUCAACUUUACUGACAGGACUCUGAACUCCGUCUUGGGACGGUAUGAUGGAAACGUCUACGACAACAUGUACGAAUGGGCACGCCGCUCACCACUAAACUCUACUGAGGUCCACAAAUCCUUCCACAAGUACCUGAAGCCCCUGCGGGCUAAACUGUAAACUCAUCCCGGGUUGUGACACUUCAAGUUUGCUGCAUUUGUAGGAACCCAUCAUAUCAACCUAAUGAUGCCCGAAAUGUAGUAAUAGAAUUACAUUGUCAUGUUCUAAUGGAAAAUAACAAAUAUAUUUAGUAUUUCAAAUUUCCUUCUCUUUUCUACCUCUGCUACAUGCCUGUGAUUCAAGCAAGAUGUUGUUAAUCCUCCCCCCCAAACACACCUUUUUUUCCCAAGAACACAAUGUUAUCAUGAAUGUGAAUGUUUAUUAUGAAUACCUAAUUUUAGAGUGAAGAAACCAACAGCAAUGUCAACUGUCCAAUGACUAGAAGGACCAGUCUAUUUAAAAAUGUGUCACAAUUUUCAUAAGAUGAGGCCUUUAUUUGUUUUGUAGUUGAGGUGGUCCAAACAUCAUUUUAUACCUUUUUGAUAUUAUUAGUUAAAUCACUGUUGUACUGUUUUGUUAGUCAAUCUGUUAGGCUACAUAGACCUACUAAACAGAUUUCCACUACUUGAAACAUCUGCAUAUGUGCAUCAGUUAUGGUAACUGUAACAGUGUAGGCUUAUAAGGUGAAAGGUUGCCUGAGAAUCUUCAUGCUGCCUUUUUGCUCAACAGCACAGUCUGUCACAUCUGUGUCAUUGGCUGAUUCAGAUGCGUUCAGAUUUUUUGUCUCAAAUUCAGACAUAAUUCUGAUACGUCUGUAUGUCCACCUUACAAUGAAUAUGUUUAUACGAUAGAAAGCCUUUGAAGAAAAUAGUGUUGGUUAAGGAAUGUUAAGCGUGUGAAUAUCAAGUGUGAGGACAGUAGUGUCUGAAUGUCUAAAGGUUAUUUAAUAAGGCACUGCACUAUAUACUAGUGUGUGUGUGUGUGCGCGCGAAUUAGUAUUCUCCCUCCCUCCCUGCUGUGUGGGGCUGAUGUAUAAGUAAAAGCCAACGAUCUGAAUGAAUAAUUUUUAGCUGUUGCUUUCAAAAUUAACGAAAUAAAUUCAAUAUGUCCAAUUUUAUUAUGCUGUUCAAAAGUGAUAUUGAAAUUAAUCUAAAACAUGCAGACUGGAUCAUAUUUCUAGAUUAACGCUUUCUGUUAUUCUAUCAAAAAAUCGCUUUAGAGAGAAGCUUUACAAUUUCUUAUAGAACUGGUAGAUUUGUGCUUUUGGAUUAUUUCUUCUGUAAAACUGUGUUUUAUGUCUAAAUGAUACUAAGGCUGAUAAAUUCUAAGUUGCAACUAUUAACAUUCACAUUCAUGACUAGAAUGAUGAUAUGAUGAGACAGUUUAAUCUUAAGCUUCAUUGUGAACUGUAAAGACUUUGUGAGAUAAUGACAAUGUUUUCACAAAGCUUGUAGUAUUUCAUUACUGUGUUUAAUGAUUAUUAAUCUGCUGAUUUUGCUGUACAAGCAUGAUUAUGACAAAGGUAUUAAGCACAUUUGUAAUAAAUUAACUUGUUUCAUUGGAUAAAACAUUGAUUUCACACAACAUUUUAAUGGUUGGUAAAUAAUAGGUGAUGUAUAUUAAUAAAAAAAUAGUAAUUGG